AUGGUUCUACUUCUGCUUCUGUUUCUGUUUCUGGUGCUGGUGUUGGUGCUUCUGCUGGUUCUGCCGCCACCACACGAGACAGCCAAGGUUCCUCCUCAGCAGUCACAGCUCCCUGACGAACCUCGGCCGCCUCCAGUGCACACUCCCGAGCGCCGGGUGCCCAAAGCCAGUGCGGCUAAGAAUUACCGAGCCAGAAAUCAGGCAAGGAACGACCGGGGACAAGCAUGCCAGGGACGAGGCGAGGAAACGGGCGCGGGGUCAUGGCAGAUCAUCCGCCGGCUUGUUUCGACAUUGCUGCCCGAACAAAGCAUCACCGGUUCGUUCGUUGCGCCCGGCCACUCUCCGUUUGCUGUGCGAAGCGGCAGAAGACAGACCCUGGAUCCCGGGCUACUGGAAUCCGAACCUGCCUCGUAG